GGGCGCGCGUUGCGCGCCGUCUCGCGCUGCUGUGGCCGGUUCCCGCCAUCCGCUGCCGCCGCCCCCUUCCCCGCCCCCCGGGCCUCGUCCCGGGCCCCGCGGGACGCGCCGGAACGCGCCGGAACGCAGGUUUUUAAGGUGGAGCACACUUACGGUCAUUAGUUCUUUUCUGUGAGAAAAAGCAUGGCUCUGUUAAAGGUGCACGGACCUGUCCGGAUGCGCAGCAUGCAGACUGGGAUUACUAAAUGGAAAGAAGGGAGCUUUGAAAUUGUGGAGAAGGACAACAAAGUGAAUCUAGUAGUUCACUACAAUGUUGGAGGAAUUCCAACGACGUUUCAGUUAAGCCAUAACAUUAAAACUGUGACCUUACGACCAAAUGGCAGAAAACUGUGCUGCCUGAUGCUAACACUGAAGGAUACCAGCUUUCUGACAAUUGAUAAGGUACCUUUUAAGGAUGCAAAUGAAAUGCGGAUGUAUUUGGAUGCAGUCCAUCAAGACAGGGUUCAUACUGCUGGGAAACCCUCACAAGGAUCUGGCAGUUUUGGAGGUGUGCUGGGCAGCAGGACCACACAGAAGGAAGCUAACAGGCAAUUCUCUUACAUAGAGAACCAGACUCCUCCCAAAAGAGUGACUGUGGAGAGUAAGGAGGAGAGCACGUUCCGCAAGGUGCUGGGUACCCCAGCGAGAGGCUCUAUUAAGAAUUCUGCUGGAGCUGGAACACCAAGCAACAGGGCGAACAUUGCAGCAUCUCCUGCAUCAUCAGUCCCUCACAGGACAGGCUUGUUGGAGAAUCGUGAAAAGAGGAAAAGAACACAGCCCCCUGGUUCAGAAAUGAGUGAAGAUUAUCCCAAAGAAAAUGAUUCUUCAACGAAUAAUAAAGCCUUGAGUGAUCCAUCAUGGAAGUACUUGAAUAGUAGCAGAGAGAAACAGUUGAACUUGAAGCAGGCUGAGGAGAAUAGGACACCAGGUGUUUUACCACUGCAGUCAUCAUCUUUUUAUGGUAGUCGAUCUUCUUCAAAAGAGUACUCCACUGGCAGUUCCUCCCUGGACAGGUCUAGUGUAUCCAGCCAGACCUCUUCAGCCAAAAGAAGCCUGGGAUUCCUUUCUCAGCCUGCCCCUCUUUCUGUUAAAAAAAUGAGAUCUAAUCAAGAUUACACAGGAUGGAACAAACCCCGAGUGCCCCUUUCCACCCAUCCUCAACAACAGUUGCAAGGGUUUUCAAACUUGGGAAACACCUGCUAUAUGAAUGCCAUUCUACAGUCCUUGUUUUCAAUUCAGUCUUUUGCUAAUGAUUUGCUCAAACAGGGUAUCCCGUGGAAAAAAAUUCCACUCAAUGCACUUAUCAGACGUUUUGCCCAUCUGCUUGCUAAAAAAGAUGUCUGCAGCCCUGAGGUUAAGAAGGACCUGCUCAAGAAGGUGAAAAGUGCCAUUUCAGCUACUGCAGAGAGAUUUUCUGGGUACAUGCAGAAUGAUGCACAUGAGUUCUUGAGCCAGUGUCUGGAUCAGCUGAAGGAAGACAUGGAAAAGUUAAACAAAACUUGGAAGAGUGAACCAAUCCCUAAUGAGGAUAACUCACCAGGACGUGCUUCUGAUGACCUCUCAGCCACCAAAGUUUAUACAUGUCCCGUUAUCAGUAACUUAGAGUUUGAGGUUCAGCAUUCUAUCAUUUGCAAAAUGUGUGGUGAAACAGUCACUAAACGAGAACAGUUUAAUGACCUCUCCAUUGACCUUCCUCGAAGGAAGAAAUUCCUUCCUUCCCGAUCCAUCCAGGAUUCUCUUGAUCUCUUUUUUCGGGCAGAGGAGAUUGAGUAUUCCUGUGAGAAGUGCAAUGGAAAGUCUGCUGUUGUCACACACAAGUUCAACAGGCUUCCCAGGGUCCUGAUUCUUCAUCUGAAACGAUACAGCUUCAAUGUAGCAUUGUCUCUCAAUCAUAAAGUGGGGCAGCAGGUGGUUAUUCCAAGAUAUUUAACCCUGCUUUCCCACUGCACAGAAAGCACCAGGCUGCCACUGACCCUGGGAUGGAGCGUCCAUUCUGCCAUUUCCCGUCCAUUGAAAGCCUCCCAAAUGGUGAAUUCCUGUACUGUAAGCACUUCCACACCUUGUAGAAAAUACACUUUCAAGUCCAAGAGCUCUGCAGCACUCUGUGUCGAUUCUGACAGCGAUGAUGAGCCAUUGAAACGCUCUGUUGCCCAUAGCCAAAGGUUGUGUAACAUACAGAGUAGAGACCAGCAACAACUGCAAGAUGAGCCAGAAAAGGGUUCAAAAAGAAGUAAAAUGGAGGGUGAUAAACCCGAGCUGGGUAAUGCUGGUUUUGAUGGGAUGAGCGAAGAUGAGCUCCUAGCAGCUGUCUUAGAGAUUAGCAAAAGGGAAGCUUCUCUGUCUCUGAGCCAUGAUGAAGAUAAGCCCACAAGCAGCCCAGACACUGGUUUUGGAGAUGAUGAAAUUCAGGAAUUGCCAGAAAACCUGGAAUCUAUGGAGAUGGAGAAACCCAAAACAGUAUUAGACUCAGGUCCUGCCAAUUUCACUGAGAUAACUAAAGAUUUUGAUGAGAAUAAGGAAAACAAAACUCCAGAAGGCUCCCAAGGGGAGGUUGACUGGCUGCAGCAGUACGAUAUGGAGAGAGAGAGGGAAGAACAAGAACUCCAGCAGGCACUGGCUCAAAGCCUUCAAGAGCAAGAGGCACGAGAACAGAAAGAGGAUGAUGACCUCAAACGAGCCACGGAAUUAAGUCUACAAGAGUUUAACAGCUCUCUCCUGGACAGCGUUGGCUCUGAUGAAGACUCUGGGAAUGAGGAUGUUCUGGACAUGGAGUAUUCAGAAGCUGAAGCAGAAGAGCUGAAAAGAAAUGCUGAGACAGGAGAGCUUCCUCACUCCUAUCGUCUCAUCAGCAUUGUCAGCCAUAUUGGAAGCACAUCAUCUUCAGGUCAUUAUAUCAGUGAUGUCUAUGAUAUCAAGAAGCAGUCCUGGUUCACCUACAAUGACCUGGAAGUCUCUAGAACUCUGGAGACCACUGUUCAGUGUGACAGAGACCGAAGCGGAUACAUCUUCUUCUACAUGCACAAAGAUAUCUUCGAUGAGUUACUAGAAACAGAAAAAAAUGCACAGCCACUUAGCAUGGAAGUAGGAAGAUCGGUUCGUCAGCCUCUGUGAAGAGUAAAGCACCUUGUUCCUCCUGAGGAGCAAGGAAGAUUCUGAACUUGUGCCAGCCACGCAGGAGUAACAAACAGCUCAGGGCCAAAACAUGAGACAAAAGGUAGAAAUGUGGGAUGCUCGGUUUGUUGAACCAUCUGUGCAAGUCCUGGGCCUGAACUUUGUGUUUAAACCUUGACAUCCAGAGCGACCCUCCUGUGGUGAAAUUUUCAAUGUUUCUCAGAUGAUUUUGUCAGCAUGGAGCCUUAAAGAGUUGUAACAAGCCACAAGACUACAGCUGCUCAUAAACUGGUAUAAAAAAUAGUGCAAAAAGAGACUCGACUUUAAAAGCCCAUUCACCUGUGAGAUGUGAGUGGCAAAGAUUUACAUAUCACUUGGCGCUUUUGUUUCUUUUCUCCAAGAGCAAUUUAAGCAAUAGACUGUAACCUGGCGUGUGUUGUGUUAGUAAUAUUCACUGGAAAGCCAGAUCACUGAGCAGGCUCUUGCCAGUCGUCUGGCUCACAGGCAUUUUGGAAUCACUCAAGCUGAUGCGUUGUGACAUUCAUGGGUUUGUAAGCGUGCUGCGAUUUCCCUGCGGUUCCAGGAAACAAACUGUCGGUGCUGUGGAAUGUAUUGAUACCUGGUGGCAGCUCUGUUGUUUUUUUUUUUUUACACCAUUCACUGUCAUCCUCAUUUAGAUGUGAGAUUAUGUAUGUGAUUUCUUUUGUUUUA